AUGAUAAGCUUGAAACUACUUAUGCUGGGAUUUCUCCAUAUCGCCGUAGCUUUACCAGCUGCGACACUAGAAGACCUAUUGAUGGUGGAUGACACUAUGUCGGUGGGGACGUAUGUACGGGAGGCCAGGGCUGCACCCCCUGAAAAUUUCCACAAAUUCUAUGAAACCGAUGGAGACGGGGAAGUCGGUUAUUCGCGAAAGAAGGAAGGAGGUGGCAAAAAAGGGUACCAACACUUCGAUUCUUACCAUAAGAAGGCAGGUGAUAAUUAUGAGCUAGAAACCCAAGAUUCAUUUGGACAUGAUGAAGAAGAUGAUGCCGGGGCGCACAGCCACCCUAAAGAGAGAAGAGAAAAAUACCGUCGGGCAAAACACAAUGAUGAAGAUAAGGAAAAUCAAGAAAGAGAAAAAGAACAAAGAUCUGAAAAAGGCCAUGAAGAAUUAAGAGAGGGCACUAGUGAUGGCAACGGGGGAAUUGAAGCUUAUGGCCACGAUCCUGCAGACUAUGUUCUUCCAGAAAAAUAUACCUAUGGCUCCGGCGAAGAGUAUAAUUUU